CCUACAUCCACAUCUACAUCCACCACGCACUACUGUAUAGUGCGAUACGUACGUGGACGUCCAUGACGGCGAUGAUGACUCCAGUGCGUGCUCCAUCGAUCGUGAUACAUUCGCGCCCCUCCCCUCUCUCCCCCUCUAUCCCUUCAUACACGCCUCCUCCUCCACAUCCACAUCCACCUCCAUCCACCUCCACCAUCCGCCUGCUUGAGCAUGUACACACGUCCAGCUCUACACAUCCAUCCAGUCAUGAGCCCAGUGCUACUUUUCCUCUCAUCCUUCGAGUCCCCACGCCAGCCGCCGUCCAGGCUCCUCCCUCGGCCUUGGUCGGCCGGCAGACAGAACCCAUCCAGACCGGGUCAGCUCUAGUUACCUUCUGCGUCCCGGCUAGUCCCCAUAGUCCGCACCAUCAUUAUCCAUGUACCUUUGUCGUGUCGUGUCGUCGGUUCCCGCAGGCGCGCCGCUAUCCAUCUCGUCCUGCCUGUUCUGCCAUGUACCUCGCUCGCGCUCGCUUGUCCGCCCGUUCCAGCCUCACAGCCUCUCGAAACCCUCGCUGGCUGAUCCCUCUCAUGGGGUCGUCUAGUUUUUUUCUUCUUUCCCUCCGAACGAGAAGCGAAGCACAUGGCCGUGGCCGGACGAGCUAGAGUCCGGCCUGGGGCCUUAGAGCACUUACUGUAGAUCCUAUUCCCGAACAAUUACAAAAUGCCCAAGUCUCCCACCAGCUUCUCUUGGUCCUG